AUGGGCUCCGGCGCCCCAGUCGACCCGAUUUUGCCCCGGCUCCUCCCAGCUCGGGCGGGCGCUCCGCCGUGUCCCAGCCCGUCAGUCCGCCCGGCCCGGCUGGCCGCAGACGGGGCCUGGGCGGCCGUACCGGGAACCCUGAACCCCCGGGCGUCGGGAGGCGUCGGCACUACCGCUGACCGGCGGCGGGUCCCGGGUUGCGACCCGGCCAGAGCGAAAAGGCGGCGACACCAUGUUCUCCCUCAAGCCUCCCAGACCCACCUUCAGGUCCUACCUCCUGCCGCCGCCCCAGGGGAAAUUGUUGUAAAUGAAGUCAAUUUUGUGAGAAAAUGCAUUGCAACGGACACAAGUCAAUACGAUCUGUGGGGAAAGCUGAUCUGCAGUAACUUCAAAAUUUCCUUUAUUACGGAUGACCCGAUGCCAUUACAGAAAUUCCAUUACAGAAACCUUCUUCUUGGUGAGCAUGAUGUCCCUUUAACAUGUAUUGAGCAAAUUGUCACAGUAAAUGACCACAAGAGGAAGCAGAAAGUCCUAGGUCCCAACCAGAAACUGAAAUUUAAUCCAACAGAGUUAAUUAUUUACUGUAAAGAUUUCAGAAUUGUCAGAUUUCGCUUUGAUGAAUCAGGUCCUGAAAGUGCCAAAAAGGUAUGCCUUGCAAUAGCUCAUUAUUCCCAGCCAACAGACCUCCAGCUACUCUUUGCAUUUGAAUAUGUUGGGAAAAAAUACCACAAUUCAGCCAACAACAUUAAUGGAGUACCCUCAGGAGGCGGCGGUGGAGCUGGCGGGGGCAGCACCCAAAAAACUCCGCUCUUCGAAGCCUACUCGGACUGGGACCGAGAAAUCAAGAGGACGGGUGCCUCCGGCUGGAGAGUGUGUUCUAUUAACGAGGGUUACAUGAUCUCCACUUGCCUUCCAGAAUACUUUGUAGUGCCAAGUUCUUUAGCAGACCAAGAUCUGAAGAUCUUUUCCCAUUCUUUCGUUGGAAGAAGGAUGCCACUCUGGUGCUGGAGCCACUCGAAUGGCAGUGCUCUUGUGCGAAUGGCCCUCAUAAAAGACGUGCUGCAGCAGAGGAAAAUUGACCAGAGGAUUUGUAACGCAGUAACUAAAAGUCAUCCACAGAGAAGUGAUGUUUACAAAUCAGAUUUGGAUAAGACCUUGCCCAAUAUCCAAGAAAUACAGGCGGCUUUUGUGAAACUUAAGCAACUAUGCGUUAAUGAGCCUUUUGAAGAAACUGAAGAAAAAUGGUUGUCUUCACUGGAAAAUACUCGGUGGUUAGAAUAUGUAAGGGCAUUCCUUAAACAUUCAGCAGAACUCGUGUACCUUCUAGAAAGCCGGCAUCUUUCUGUCAUCCUACAAGAGGAAGAGGGAAGAGACUUGAGCUGUAUUGUAGCUUCUCUUGUUCAAGUGAUGCUGGAUCCCCAUUUUAGGACAAUCGCAGGAUUCCAGAGUCUGAUCCAGAAGGAGUGGGUCAUGGCCGGAUAUCAGUUCCUAGACAGAUGCAACCACUUAAAGAGAUCUGAGAAAGAGUCUCCCUUAUUUUUGCUGUUUUUGGAUGCCACGUGGCAGCUGCUAGAACAGUACCCGGCGGCCUUCGAGUUCUCAGAGACGUACUUAGCAGUGCUCUACGACAGCACCCGCAUCUCCCUCUUCGGCACCUUCCUCUUCAACUCUCCUCACCAGCGUGUGAAACAAAGCACGGAAUUUGCUAUCAGCAGAAAUAUCCAGUUGGGUGACGAAAAGGGUUUAAAAUUCCCCUCCGUUUGGGACUGGUCUCUUCAGUUUACAACAAAGGAUCGCACCCUUUUCCAUAACCCCUUGUACAUCGGAAAGAGCACGCCUUGUGUGCAGAACAGUUCUGUGAAAUCUUUCAAACGGACAAAGAAAAGCUACAGCUCCACUCUGAGAGGAAUGCCAGCUUCCUUAAAGAACGGGAUCAUCGGUGACCAAGACUUAGUUCCGAGGAGAAAUUCAUUAAUAUUAAAAGCAAAGCCUGACCCUCCUCAGCAGCCCGACGGCCAGAGCAGCGGGAUGGAGCGGUACUUCAGGGAGUGGUUUUCCAAACCAGCCGACCUGCACGGCGUCCUCCUGCCGCAUCUCUCGGGGACACACGUGAAGCUCUGGAAACUCUGCUACUUCCGCUGGGUGCCCGAGGCCCAGAUCAACCUUGGGGGCUUCAUCACUGCCUUUCAUAAGCUCUCCCUGCUGGCCGACGAGGUGGACGUGCUCAGCAGGACGCUCCGGCAGCAGCAGGCUGGGCCUCUGGAAGCCUGCUAUUCGGAGCUGGACAAGAGCAGAAUGUACUUCCGGGCCAGCGGCCCGCACGAUGCCUCGGCGACGCCCGACUUCCUUUCCUCCUCCUUCCCCUUCUCCCCCGUAGGCAACCUCUGCAGACGAAGCAUUUCAGGAACACCAUUAAGCAAAUUUCUAAGUGGGGCCAAAAUAUGGUUAUCUACUGAGACACUAGCAAAUGAAGACUGAAAUGUACUAUUUUCUGAACAUUUUGAGGGCAGCCAUAAACUUGCCCUCUGACUUAAAAUUGCUAACCUAGGCAUUUGAGGCUCCAAGAAUUUUCUGUCAGAAUAACAGUUGAAAUUUGCACUAAUAUUUAAAAAUAUGUUGAAUUGUGCGUCUUUCAUAAUUUUUUUUAAAAAAUAGGCAGAACUUUUCUUUCUUAUGGCCUCUUUUUUGUCAUUUCAGGCCUAGCUUAGUUUUAGGUGAUCUGUAGGCAGACAUUACCCCACUCUUAAUACUGUGAGCAAACGAAUCAGGUUUUGUCUGUGACAUUUAUUUUGUCCGCAUCCAUUUUCUCCUGCCACCUUCUAAAGGUUACCUGGUCCUCAGGUGAGCACCCCAAAGAAGCAGACACCAGGAAAGCUAAGAAAUUAAUUUUAAGUAGAUUUUCAAGAUGCAUCCGGUAAGCGCCCCCCACAGGCGUUAGGUGGUAUUUGUAUAUUUUUCUGGUCACUUGGUUCUCGCUAAUGGAACUCACCUGAGGGUUCAGUAUUUCCAGGGCCAUAAUUUAUUGGCGGUCACCUUGUUUGGUACCGUAGAUCACUGUGUUUUAAAAUCAUGAGUUUGCUUUUACCUUCAUAGGACUAACAUGCACUGUUGACUUUAAAAGAUUUGCUGUAGAUAAUACAAACUUAGAAGUGCCUUUGACAUUAAUAUUAAUUAAGGUAUGCAUUAACACAAAGUAAAACACAAUUUCAGUUUUUAAAAUUAGGGUGUUAAAAGCCUACAUAUUAGAAACAGGUUUCUCACCACUGAGCUUCAUACCAAUAGCCAGGAGUGCCCAGAACUACAUUUCCUUCCCUCUGAAAGUCAGCGAGGACACCGCGGUCCUGUGGGGAUGACCAGGUUGGUGACAGCAGGAGGGGUGAGUGCUGUCCAUGCGGAAAUCCACCCUCAAAAAUAGAGGUCUUGCUCAGGCAUUUAGGGCAUUGCCCAUCAGGAUUUCCAGUGCGGUUAACUGUUGCUGACACUUUUCCCUUGGAAAUCACUAAUGAGGUGGUGAGUCUGCUCACCUGUACAGAAGGCCCUUCUCCCACGGACAAAGUUCUUAGUGGUUAGGUAUAGACAACAGGACAAAUAAAAGGGUACUCCUCUCAAAAUACUGCCACCUUAAUGUGGAGAGAAGCCCCCCACUCCUGGCCUCUGCCAGCAGUAUCGCGAUGGAGAAGCACAAAAAGGUGUGUGUUGGUCCGGUUGUGGGACAGGAGCCCAGGCCACACAGUGGGGGCCCCGAGCAAGGCUCGAAAUGGCAAUGGCGGUCAGCAGCACACCCCGGUCCCUGUUUAUAGGAUGGAUGUUUUCGAAUUGGGCGGUUACUUAGAGUUUCUUAAACUGCCACCUUAAGCUUUAAAGAAGUUUUAUAGUGAAGUGGUUAAUCUUUUCUAAAACAAGUUUUUUUCGAAGCCGUAUUUUACUGUUAAUGUGUAAUGAGUAGCUGUUUCUAUUUGAAUUAUUCUCCUUUUUUACAAAUGAUAUCUCUGGACUUUAAGGACAGAAGUUUUUAGAAAAUGCCUUAAGAAAUUCAUCUUGUGGCUAAACCCAAUGUUUUUGCCAGCUUGUUGCCUAGAAGAUAAGGGCUUUUUUUCAGUUUAUAUAAAAAAAUAGCACUGUUGCCAUUAAACAUUUUAUAGUCCUUGAUUGGAAACCAGUCCCAGUCCCCUUAAAAUCUCACAGCGUAUCCUGCCUUAGAAAGUGUAAUAAUUCUCCCUUUUUGGUUAAGCUGCCUUUUUAUUAUUACAGAUUAUCCUAAAUUGGGGGAUGUUGGAGAGGGAUUGUUGAACAUUUAUUUCUUUAUACUUCUCUUUCCUCACACAUUUAUUUCAAUCCCUUUAGCAAUUUUUUUGUUGUUAAUUUACAAGCUUAAAAAAAUUAGGUACUAUUAAUACUGUUUUAAAAUAGAAAAUGUGCAUAUUUUUGUAUGAUAAUCAAAUGUACUAAAAAUGGUUUUUCAUUUUAUUUUUGCUGGACAGUUGUUAUAUCAUGAUUAUUGUGCCACAAUUUACCGUGCAUAAUAUGAAGAACAACUAUACCGGCUUUAAGUCCUGGCUGUUGUAGAGCUGCCCGGCACCUGUGCUGGCAGAAAGGCAGUGGUGGUGACCGAAGUCUUGGUGUGGUUAUGGACGCCGCGCUGAAGAGCGCCUCACGCUCCGGCCCCUCUGCCCUGCGAGCCAAGUGUGUGCCGACCGGAUGCCACGCGGCCCUCACAGCUUGGGACUUUGUAGUACUGAACUGAAAGGUGUACAAUGUCUUACUGUUAUUUUAUGAUGGAAACCAGUUUUAAAACCAAAAAUGUCUUAACUUUAUUUAAGAAAAGUAUAUUAAUUUGUGCUAACAGAGGGUUAAAAUUCGUCUGCGUACCUUCAAGAAAACCUGCCUGCCGUAGCAGUAACCUCAAGUAGUUAGAACUUGAUUUUGAGAGAAAACUAAAACCUUUGUGCCUAAAAUUCUGACUUGAGUUAAAGUAGGAUGAGCAGGAAGUGAGAGAUCUUGUUCAGCAGUGAUGAAUGUGAAGGAAAUUUUGACUGCUAAAUAAAAUUUCCA